CUCUCUACCCCCGCUGCUAAAUCAAAUUCCUCUCUGUGAGUGAGAACUGCAGCGUCAGUCGUGCUGCUCUGUGGUCCCUGCAGAGCCUCCGCGGUCCCUGCAGAGCCUCCGCGACUGCCUCAAAAUGCGAAAAGAGAGCAGGUUAAUUCGGUGGGUCGGAUGGAUUGCGGUUAUAACCGCCUUUUUCCUGGCGGGUUUCAUCAUUGGCUGGUUUGCGAAGCCUACGCAUUCACGCGUUCAAACGGACGGGGCCUCCAGCCGUUACCUGAAAGAGUUCCUCGGCGAGAUGAACCCAGACAAGAUCAGAGAGCAUCUCAGAAAAUUCACCCGACUUCCUCACCUUGCUGGUACAGAACAGAACCUGAUAUAUGCUGAGCAGAUCAAAGAGGAGUGGCUGAGGUUUGGACUGGACUCGGUGGAGAUGGUGCCCUAUGAUGUCCUGUUGUCUUACCCCAACAAAUCACAACCCAACUACAUUUCCAUAGUAGAUCAACUAGGCAAUGAGAUUUUUAACACUUCCCUGGCUGAACCAGUUCCUGAGGGUUAUGAAAAUGUUUCCAACAUUGUACCUCCAUACAGUGCCUUCUCUGCAAAGGGACAACCUGAGGGGGAUUUGGUGUAUGUGAACUAUGGGCGAACUGAAGAUUUUUUCCAAUUGGAGAGGCAGAUGGGUGUUAACGUGACUGGGAAAAUAGUCAUUGUAAGAUACGGAAGGAUCUUCAGAGGAAACAAAGUGAAGAAUGCCGUAUUAGCAGGAGCCACGGGAAUCAUCAUGUAUUCAGACCCAGCAGACUACUGUGCUCCCGAUGUGAAGCCCUACCCUGAAGGUUGGAAUCUGCCGGGGGGAGGAGCUCAGAGAGGAAACGUUCUCAACCUGAAUGGUGCCGGAGACCCUCUCACACCAGGUUACCCUGCCAAAGAGUACACCUACCGACAUGCCAUAGAAGAUGGGGUGGGCCUUCCAAAGAUUCCAGUGCAUCCCAUCGGCUACCAUGAUGCAUUACACCUGCUGAAGAACAUGGGGGGCCAAAUUCCCCCCAACACCUGGAAAGGGAACCUGAAUGUCUCGUACAGGAUUGGGCCAGGGUUCACAGACGGUUUCGAGACUCAGAAGGUGCGCAUGAACAUCCACACACACAACCAGGUGACCAGGAUCUACAAUGUCAUUGGUAGGAUCAGAGGAGCUGAGGAGCCAGACAGGUUUGUGAUUUUGGGAGGGCACCGGGACGCCUGGGUGUUCGGAGGCAUUGACCCGAUGUCUGGCGCUGCUGUAGUCCAUGAAACAGUCCGGAGUGCUGGAAGGCUGCUCAGCAAGGGCUGGAGACCCAGGAGAACCAUAGUAUUUGCCAGCUGGGAUGCAGAGGAAUUUGGGCUGCUUGGAUCAACAGAAUGGGCAGAGGACAAUGCUAAAUUGCUGCAGGAGAGAGCCGUUGCCUACAUCAACGCAGACUCUGCCAUAGAGGGCAUGUACACGUUAAGAGUGGACUGCACUCCAUCUCUUCACACCCUGGUUUACAGCCUCACAAAACAGAUAGCUAGUCCUGAAGACGGAGACGAGGGAGUUUCCUUGUAUGAGAGCUGGCAUAAAAGAGACAACUGGACGGAUGACCGUGACGCUCCAAAGAUCAGCAAGCUGGGCUCAGGCAGCGACUUUGAAGCCUUUUUCAUCCGGCUGGGCAUCGCUGCCGGCAGGGCCAGAUACACCAAGAACAAGAAAAAAGAACGAUACAGCAGUUACCCUGUCUACCACAGUGUGUACGAGACGUAUGAGCUUGUGGAGAAGUUUUAUGACCCCUCUUUCCGGAGGCUUCAAGCGGUGGCACAGGUGAGGGGUGGGCUCAUCUUUUCAUUGGCUGAUUCCCAGCUCCUCCCCCUGGAUGCCAACCAAUACGCACUCUCCCUGAAGAAGUACGCUCACAGCAUUGCAGAAAUGGCAGGGAUACACCCAGAGGAAAUGAAGAUGUAUGGAGUGACAUUUGGUUCGCUAUUUUCUGCGGUAAAUAACUUCACCGUUGCAGCCAAAGGUUUCCAUGAACGACUCCACAUCCUCAACAGAGAAGACCCUCUGCAGGUGCGUAUGGUGAACGAUCAGCUCAUGUACCUAGAGAGAGCAUUCAUCGACCCCUUAGGUUUACCUGACAGACCCUUUUACAGGCAUGUGAUCUUUGCUCCCAGUAGUCACAAUAAAUAUGCUGGUGAGUCCUUUCCAGGGAUCUACGAUUCACUGUUUGAUAUUGAGAAUUCACAAGAUCCUGAAAAAUCCUGGGAGGAAGUAAAGCGUCAGAUCAGCAUUGCAGCAUUUACUGUCCAUGCCGCUGCCAUGACACUUACACCACCUGCCUGACUCACAAACCUGAGACUGGAGUCACUGUGCAUCUGACAGCUGCUUAAAAACACACACUUACUUAAUUUAGCAGAUCAUCCAAUACCCAAGACUUGAUGAUUCACUUGAUAUUAAUACAAUGUACCAGACUGCAAAGCAAAGACAGUCUAAUUUGAGUUGAUGCAAGCCUGUGACAGAGCAAGUCCCAGAUAUUUCUAAAGUAGUCAUAUUCACAUGCACACAUGGUUCACAUAUCUAGAGGAACCCUGUGAAUGCUAUGCUCAGAUUUCAAAUUGUUUAAACAAAAGGGCUCUCCAAGAUCCCCCUAAGGAUGUAUUAUGUUCCCACAGUCAUGACUCAAGGUUGUGGAACAGUGGACAUGGUCAGCUGACCCCC